UUUCCUCAAAAUCCCAGAACGAAUCAAGAUAACUCAAUAAAUCUGUAAUUAAUUGACGUUUUUGCAAAGGAUGUUUUAGUUGCGCAAUUUCACAUCGAACUAAGGUGUUUGGUGCAGUAUUUCUCAAGUAAAAGAGACGUGUUGUCUUAUGGAAACAGUCGGAGCUGCUGAACAGGGGGCAACAGAGACCAAAAAAUACAUAGCGACCCAAGGGCCUCUGAGACACACUUUGGUGGACUUCUGGCGAAUGAUUUGGCAGUAUGAUGUAAAGGUCAUAAUCAUGGCUUGCAGAGAAAUUGAAAUGGGAAAGAAAAAGUGUGAGCGCUACUGGACAACUUUCAAAGAAACAACUCCUUUUGGCCCCUUUAUUGUGUCAAACUUUGAGGAAUCCAGCCCAAAUGAGGAAGUAGUUGUCCGUACUCUGACAGUGAGAUAUUAUGAAGAAACGCGGACAAUCUCUCAAUUCCAAUACACAGCUUGGCCUGAUCAUGACAUUCCAUACACAGUUUAUGGUAUGUUAGGAAUGAUGGAUAUGGCUCGCAAAGACCAGGGAAACAACGCUAACCCUGUUCUCAUCCACUGCAGUGCUGGUUGUGGAAGAACAGGGGUGAUUUGUGCCCUGGAUUAUGUCCAUGAUCUUCUUGUGACAAAGCAAAUUAAAGAAGAUUUCAGUAUCAUGAAGAUUGUACUAGAACUAAGGAGACAGAGGCCAUCAGCAGUUCAGACAAAGGAGCAGUAUCAAUUUUUGUUUUCUGCUGUGGCUUACAUGUUUGAGAAUGCUUUACGGUCAGCUGAGAACAUCUACCAGAAUCUCACCAAGAGUAACCAACCUUUAUAUGACGGCGUUGCGUCUGUGAAGACAUCCCCACCGACAUCAGCCAGCGCUCAGACACUUGCAAAAAGAAAUUCUAAUGUGCAGCACAGAUUGCCUCAGCCUCGCCAGCAGAAGAUGAAUAACACCUAUGCUGUGGUCAACAAGUCCAAACAGCUCCUGCCACCAGCCUCUUCCACCGCCCCUCCGGCCGCUCUCCAUCACUAUGACAACGCAGAGCUGGGCAACCCAAAAUGCCAUGUCAGUGCUUUUUACAGCAUGGUCAAGCCCAAGAGCAGGUGUCCUCCAGCCAACCCGCUUCCAGCUGUCUCAACCGUAUAUGACACUGCCGGACCAGCCAAUCACAGGCUAGCUGAGGCCUCGGCAGUGGAGGACCAGAGUGGCUAUGAGCUGGUCACAGCUGAGCGUUAUUCCUUGACAGAAGAUGACUAUGAAUAUGUCUCAAAUCCCAUCAAACACAUGACCAACAUCUGCACUCCUGGUAGCAUGGAGUUCAACUGUCGCAUUAAAAAACCCAAAGGGCCUCGGGAUCCCCCGGCAGAGUGGAGUCAUAUGGAGAGAUGAUACAGCAGCCAUAUACCAGGCCUGGCAACACUUUACUCAACACUUUACUCAUUAAUGUUUGAGAAGCAAUGGGAAUGGGCUCUUUAAUAGAGUAUUUAUUUUUACUUGUUAUGAUCACAAAAAUACAGUUAUCUAUCUAUCUUUUGUAACCCAUUUGAGUUCGUAUAUUUUUCAGAUCAUUAUUUAUUGUGAUGUAUGUUACUGAUGAAAAAAACUAUAUUAAACAACUUUCAAUUCUGAGACAAGUAUUGGUUUUGAAUACCAUUUACCAAUUGAAGCUCAGUGGCGCUAUGGUGUGAUGGUAGUAACCAACAGGUGGCACUAUAAUAACAUGAGAUAAUGAUUAAUUAUUAUUAUUAUAAUGAGCUUUUUUCAUUUUUGACGAAACAGGUAUUGUAAAAUGUGUUUUCACAGGUAGACUUUAUUGCUUUGAUGUCUACUCAUUGCUGGUAACGAGGACUUACAAUAAAGACAACAAUUUAUUCAA